AUUAUGCUGGGUCUCCUGGAUACACCACCCCGGUUAAAAUGUUGGUAUUUCUUUAAAACAGCGUGUAACCAUUCGAUUUUAUUUUGUCCGCUCAUACAAUUUGAUCGCAAGAGUGCAUUUAAAUUUUUAUCACUUCCGCGCGAUUAUUUAUGCAGAAUAUCAGAAUCAAAGAUCGCAAUGCAGCAUGCAGAAGAGACCGGAAGCAAAAAUAUUCAGAAACUUCAUCAGUAUAUCUUUUGUGUUUUCAAAGCAUCAACAGAAGCGCGGUAUGAACGUUCUGAUUGGUUUGAUUUUAGUCAUUAAGGUUCAAUUAGGAUUUCCCAAACCAACUUUGGUCACAAGUAUGAGCACAGAAAAGCGCGCGAAAAUUGAAAUGAAGACCAAAAACAAUGUUAUACUAGAAGUAAAUCAUCAAGUUUAUUUGAAUAAACAAGACAAAACAAAUCAAAUUUUCGAUAAACAAAACAAAAGUGUAAAUCACAAUUACGCGGGAAAAAUUUUCAAUUUCAAUCACAAAAGGGGGGUGGUCAAGGAACUAGUAAACAGAUUACAUAUCUUUACUCGAGAACUCCAAAGAAAACAUUUACUUAGGCGUAAUCAGAAAAAACACCAACGCGCCUCUGGUGAAGAAACUUCAAAGCAGGAGCACAAUUGUCCCGCAGGAUUUAUCUGCCACGGAAUUAUACCUAUCAUGAGUAGCAAUUGUCCCGAAGGUUUCACAUGUUUAGAGGUAAUUGAUCGUUAAAGACGUCACACGACAACCCUACCAGUGCUCAAUUGAGCAUAAUGUUCGUUCUUUGGACUGCUCUUUGGGCCCAAGCAAACUUUCAAGGCACGCAUAAACUAUACCAGAGGACUGGGGACUGUUACCUGAGUUACCAACCAUUAUCGCAACUUUAAAAUAAUUAAUCAAAAAAUAAUUUACGGCUAUUUAAGUAUUUAAUGUUUUAUAUAAUAAUUUAUUUAUGUCAUUUAUAGCGAAUUGUUUAUACUUUGUAAAAUUUAUAUUAUUUAUUAUUUAUUUAUUUAUUUUAGAAUUAGGUUAGAAUUUAGUAUUAGAAUUUAGAAUUAGUUGAUCGAAUUUCUGCAAUUAAUGGUACGCACAUAGCUACGUUUGAGUGUGUGUCGGCAAUCGUUCCUAGCGAGCUAUUUUGUUUUGUUUUUACUUGGAGGAAAGAAGUCCUCAAAGUAUAUCGUUUCCAAAAAUUGUCUGAAUUAAAAAGUAAUUAUAUAUGUGUAUGUAUAUAUUAAAUUAUUAAGUUACCUUUAUUAUUUAAUUAUUAUAAAUUUAUGUGUAAAUUAUACUGCAUUUUUUAAUGAAAUUCAACAAAAUGGACGACAUUCUCGCUCACCUGAGAAAAAUGUUUUUGAUUUUCUACACUUUCUCUAGCUAGGAGACCCAGCAUAAUUUUUCUUAUAACCAGGAAAUGGGAAUAGUUAAGGUGGGGAAAAUUGCGCUGGAUCAAUUUUUGAUUGGUUCAUUCUAUUGUUCUUUGUCCGCGUGGUUAAUAUCGGAAAAUCUUUUGUUUUGAAUGCGAAUGACCUCACUUAACCGAAAAAAUAUACUUAAUUUUUGUAAUAUUUGAAAGGGUAAGGGCUUAUAGUAUUACACCAGUGUUUUAAAAAAUUUCGAAUAAUCUUAGGGUCUGUUCACGAAGCCAGUUAAAAUGAGAAAAAUAAAUAUUUCUGAAUGUCAGUGUGUUUAACACAGAUAAAAACUUGUUUUUUGUUGAUCUAAUCUGUUUACCUAACCUCCAGGUGGAAAUAAUUUUUAAAAUUAGAUAACAUGUAUAUUUGGAGGAUAAGGAUUUUUUCAGUUAGUUUUUCAGUUUGACACUCUACUGGAAUGCAACAUUGUCCUUCAGUCUUUUCUUUAGACUGGUUGUUUUAAAUGAAGGUGGGUAGGGUCAUUGAAAUAAUUUUUGCUAUAAUUAACAUACAUAAUUUUUGCGCAACACCUCCUAUCAUUAGUAUUUAUUUGUUUAUCUGUUGUUGUUUUUUUUGUUUUUGUUUGUUUGUUUUUAACCAAUCUACGCCACGCCUCUUUUAACAACAGAUCGUGCUCAAAAUAAUAUCGAUUUUUUUAUGUGAAAAAGGUGGCAGAGUUGCCCUGAAUAAAUACACUCCUGCAUUCUACGUGUUUGACCAUGCUUUGCCGAAAAUGAUUUGCCAUAAGACCUGUUUGUAUGCCAUAUGGUGUGGUUAAUCAACCUGUUAAUUUCAGCAAGCAUUGUGAGUUCACACCAAUGAAUUGUUACGCCACGUGAACACCGGAAAUAAGACCAUAUUGUUAAAUAUGAAAACAAAGUUUUAGAAUUUUACAUAAACUGCAACGAAAAUUCAGUAUCGCUUUUCUCACUAAAGUUUGAAUUCAGGGCCCCCUGAGGUGAGUAAAAAUAAAACCCUGAGCAUGAUGGUGAAUUGCUACAAUUGGUUUAAAAAUCGAAACGACUCUAUUUUUGAAAAAUAAUGUUAUGAUGAUAGGUACUGUUUUUUAUACCUCAAAAAUAAAAAUAAAUUUGAAGUUUUCACCAGUAGGAGCUUUACAUUUAAAAAUUAUUUCAAACUCAAAAGUUAGAAUUUUAAAACAAGACCGAAGCUAAAGACUCUAAUCAAAAAUAAUUUGACUAGAAAAUACAAGAAAUUUUGAAAGAAGCCAAUCAAAUGUACUUAUUUUGACAAUCUUAUGUUCUUAAAAAGCGAAUCAAAACCCAGUACCAAAACAACGUUCGUGUUGCUUGCUCACCGUCAAUAAUUAACACGCGUUCAUUGAGUUGACUUAUGGCUUCAAUUUAUGUUUUUGUUUUGGUUGAACGAGCACAAACAACAGGUGGCGGUCAGGAUUAAGUUUGAAUGUAAACAUCAUUAACCUCCGUUUUCUGCAUUACUCGCAAAUAUGUACUCACUUUUUUUUUCUUUUACUUUUUUUCUUCCUUAAUCGGCACUUCCUAAUUUGUCAAAACCGGAAAUUAACUUUCGGAUAUUUCGUCUCUUUAGAAUGCUACACAAAAAAAAGUAAGCCUAUUUUUCAAUCUGUGAUAAUUUGUGGUAGAUUUUUUGCGGUAAUUUGUCACCUUAUACCUUAAAGGAAUUAAUUUUGUUGGGAAACUCUGUUCGCGAAAUUCGCAAAAAUUAUUAUUUCCCGUCAAAUGUGAUUUUGUUUCAUUUUUGAAAAACGUUUUACAAUAUUUUUUCUUUUUUGAUUUACCUGUAGAUGUAUCUGAACUUUAACUUCAGCUGCCUUCUGCAUCAAAUCCCUUUGAAAAAUAUCAAAUUCUUUUUCGCGAAAUUUAAUUCUGGCGAAA